AUGAAUUUCAAUCCAAGUCAGCAAUAUAGAAGAUCUCUUGGCUUGAAGUUCCUAGUCAUACCUAUUGCCUACAUUUUCCUUGUCCGUGGCUUCAAAGUCUACUGGCUAUAGAAUGAUCUGAGAUACUUGUAUAAGGACAUCUUAAAGCCUUAUCAUAAAAGAAUCGACGAUAACUAGUGCAUUGAUUACCGAGACUUAAAAGAUGAAUUUGAGAAUAACAAGGUCGAUGAGGAGAAGUCACUUGUGCUGAGACUUUAGAAAACUGUUGAGUCUAAGAUGAAUGAAGGCAAGAGUGUGAAUGUAAAAGUGAAGGAUCAUACUAAUACAAAUGAGAGUUCUACUGAUUAAAUACACGAUGCAAGAACUAAAACUGAAGUAAAUGUAAAUAUGAUUAAGAGAUUUUGA